AUGGAGAGGGAUCACGGGCAGAUCCUGAUGGGUGAAGCCCAGGUGGGAGAUGCGCCUGCCAGCCCCACCUGUGCAGCCUCACGCCAGGCUGCCUGCGGUGCUGCCUGCAUCCCCGUUCCCUGGCUCUGCGACGGCGAGCAGCAGUGUCCUGAUGGGACAGAUGAGCAGUGCGAUGUCGCCUGUGGUGGUGACCCCCACGUUUGGCAGUGUGACGAUGGCGGGUGUGUUUCUAGCAGCUGGCGUUGCGAUGGUGCUGCUGACUGCUUGGAUGGCUCUGAUGAGCAGGACUGUGUGUGUGGAGCAAAGAAGGUGCAGUGUCCUGGCACCCACCACUGCAUCCCGCACUGGGAGCUGUGCGAUCGGCACCAGGACUGCGAGGAUGGCUGGGACGAGGAGGGGUGUCCCCAGCAGCCCUGUCUGCCUGGGCAGUGGCAGUGCAGGAACAGGGUGUGCAUCAUGGCCGAGUGGAAGUGCAACGGGAUUGAUGACUGCGGCGAUUCCUCGGAUGAAGAUGUCUGCGCCCCCUGCCCACCUGGCAUGGUGCGGUGCGAUGAGGGAAAGUGUAUCCUGGAGUCCUUGAUGUGCAACGACGAGGACGACUGCCUGGAUGGUACUGAUGAGCCCAGCACAUGUGGUCGGAGCUGCUUUGUACGCAACGGGGGCUGUGCGGAGACGUGUGCUGACACGCACUGGGGUGUGCAGUGCUCCUGUGGGACUGGCUGGGUGCUGCAGGCUGACGGGCAGAGCUGUGCUGAUGUGGAUGAGUGCUCCCUGGAGUACAGCCCCUGCAGCCAGCUGUGCAGCAACACCCCGGGUGCUUUCAGCUGUGCCUGCCUCCAGGGCUACGUCCUGCGGCACGGCACCGCCUGUGAAGUGGCAGACAACGCGACGCAGAUCUUGGUGGCGGUGGGAGAAGACCUGGCCCUUCUGGAUGUGCGGACCCAAGCCUACCGACCCCUGCUCUCCAGCGAGACCGAACCCCGUGCCCUGGUGUACGACCUGCUCCGGGAAACCUACUACUGGCUGACUGAGGAUGGCGAGCUCCGUGCUCACCUCCCAGGGAAGGGCACACGGCCCCUCUAUGCAGAUGCCGGGGAGGUGAACAGCAUCUCUGUGGACUGGUUCACAGGGCAGCUGUACUGGGCCAGCAGCCACCCUACAGCCAUCUGUGCGGGUCUGGGCGAUGGCCGGGGCUAUGUGACAGUGCUGGGGAAGAACGUGGCACCAGAGCAGCUGACAGUGCAUCCAUCUGCAAGGUCCCUGUACUGGGUCAACCGCGGGCAGAGGGGCCGGACGGUCAUUGCUGCAGCCGGCAUGGAUGGCUCAAACCGGCGGGAGCUCACAGUGGUGUCCAUGGAGGAGCCUGUGGGGCUGAGCCUGGACCAUGUGGCUGGCAGGCUGUACUGGAUCAGCGAGUACAAGGAGUCCAUCGAGACGCUGCGGGUGGAUGGCAGCGGGCGCCACUCCUUUCCUGCUGUCCUGCGGAGCCACACUGAGCCACUGGGCCUGGCUGUCUUCGAGAGCCGGUUCUUCUGGACUGAUGGCACAGAGCUGGUGUCAGCCACCCAGGCCUCUCCCCAGGAGCACGCAGUGCUGCUCCGUGCCCCCAUCUCAGCCUUCACUGUGCUGCAUGCGCUGCGACAGCCUCCCCAGCUGUCCAUCGUGUAUGCGUCAGGGAAGACCAUCUCCCUGGUGCAGGUGGGCCCUGGAACACACAUCAAACGGGUGCAGGAGUGGCAGGAGCCCCUUCACCUGCAAGAUGUGGACUGGCAGAGGUCGGUGCUCUAUGGGACAGAUGACCGUGGGACACUGCUGCGUGUCGUGGGGUACCCUGGCAGGGGAGAGGCCAUUGCGACUGGGCUGCAAGUCUGCUCUGCCCGUGUGGACAUCCGCUCGGGGGACCUCUACUGGCUCGCAUGUAACCGGAGGGACAUCGGGGUGAUCCAGGCGUCUGACAUGUCCCCACGCAUCCUGCACCGUGCUCGCAGCAGCAUCCAGCACCUCUUCUUGGACUGGCAGCGGGGUGCUCUGUACUGGCUGGCCUGGGGGCAGCCCCUGCAGCAGCUCAGCCUGGCUGGGGGUGCCCCCCGGAAUGCCUGGAAUGAGACGUGGCCUGGAGACCUGCCUGCGGCCAUGGAUAGCAAAGCCUUCAGCCUGCUCUGGAGCUCAGCCCUGGGCCUGCGGGCACUGAGUCUGACCAAGCGGCAAGCAGUCACCCUGGCACCCAGCUGGUCCCAUGGCCUUGUGGCCGCCUUCGAGCCGUACCUGGUGUCAGCAAAUGGGACUGAUCUUCUGCUGUGGGACCGGAGGACGCUGGCCCUCGUACUGUCCAUGCCGGCAGCAGGCGUGAAGGGAGUGGUGACCUUUGUGGGCUCGGAGCCACAGGCUGUGCCACCAAGCAAGGGGUCUGCCCUGCCACUCCCUCCACCUAUGACCACCACUACAAGGACAACCACAAGCACCACUGCUGCUAAGUCCACCACCUCCACCACGAGACCUACGCCAAGGAAGACCACCACUGUGCUCACCACUACUCCUGCACCAACCAGCAAGGCUACCACAACACCAACCACUACCAGCCAGUCCACAUCAACCAAGACCACUCCUGCGCUAACCACUGCCCGGACUACACCAACCAAAACCACCACUGUGCGGCCAACCACCACCAGCACCACUAUCACUACCAGCACCACUACCACCAGCACCACCACUACCACCACUCGGUCCUUGCCAACCAAGACCACUGCCACACAACCAACUACUACCACCCAGCGCCCAACCAGCCCUGCACGGGUAGUGCCACCUACCCCAUCCCUCACAACCAGCCCUGCACGCCCUCUGACCCCAGUCCUCCAUCUGUCCUGUCCUCGUACGCAUGUGCCCUGCCGUGAUGGCACCGAGUGCGUGGCCCAGGAGUACAUGUGUGAUGGGGAAAAGGACUGUGCAGAUGGCUCUGAUGAGGAUGGGUGUGCCCAGCUCUGCGACACCCCAGGGGCCUUCCACUGUGCAAGCGGAGCCACAUGCAUUGGGGCUGGUGAGCGUUGUGAUGGGGUGCCACAGUGCCCCGAUGCCUCGGACGAGACAGGCUGCUGGACCCCCACACAGGAGUGUGCCCUGCGCUGCGAUGCUGCCACCCGCUGCGUCCCCGAGAGCUGGCUGUGUGACGGCCACGCCGACUGUCUGGACCACGCCGAUGAGCAGGGCUGUGCACCAAAGGAGUGCAGCCCGACUGAGUUCCUCUGCCGGAGUGGCCAGUGUGUGGCCCUGGCCCUGCGCUGCAAUGGUGACCGUGACUGCCGGGACGGCUCAGAUGAGGAGGGCUGCGCCGUGCCCCGGCCACUGCUCUGUCGCCCGGGCGAGGUGGCAUGUCCCCGCAGCGGGGAGUGCGUGCCGGAGGCCUGGCGCUGCGACGGCACCGCUGACUGCGGGGAUGGCACAGACGAGCAGGGCUGUCCCUCGGAGGAAGGGCUGUGCGGGAACCUGCAGUGGGGCUGCUCCCAUGGCCGCGAGUGCAUCCCCGAUGUCUGGCGCUGCGACGGAGAGAGUGACUGCACGGAUGGCAGCGACGAGGCUGGCUGUCAGCCUGCUCCCUGCCAGAGUCACGAGUACCCAUGUGGACUGGGGCCCUGCCUGAACGCAUCCCUGGUGUGUGACGGCCAGCAGGACUGCACGGAUGGUUCAGACGAGGCGGGGAACUGCUCUGUGCCCUGCCAGCGGUCCUGCGCUCAUCUCUGCUACUCCUCGCCCCAGGGCCCCCGGUGCUGGUGUCACCCAGGCUACUGGCUGGCUGAGGAUGGUCUGUCAUGCGUAGACAUAGAUGAGUGCACGGAGCAGGGUGAGGAAGCCUGCACCCACACUUGCCUCAAUACCCCGGGGUCCUACAGUUGUGGUUGUCUCACUGGCUACCUGCUGGAGCCUGAUGGUCGCGUCUGCAAACUCACUGGACCAGAGCCCAUGUUGCUGGUGGCCGUGCAGUCAGAGGUGUUGUCUUAUGGCCUGCGGAGUGGGCAUAAGGAAGUGCUGUUGGCUGCUGACAAGGAUCGCGUUGUCUUCUCGCUCGACUAUGACCUGGUGGAGAGGAAAGUCUUCUGGAUGGACCUGGCCACAGAGAGCAUCCGCUGGCAGGACCUCGACUCGGGCAAGAAAGGCACACUGGUGAAAGGUGUGAGAUCAGACUGUAUAGCAGUGGACUGGCUCGGGAGGAACCUGUACUGGACGGAUGGGGCAGCAGGGCAGGUGCUGGCCAGAGGAGGUGCUGUUGGCUGCUGA